UUUUGAUUUAAAAGCUUAGCAGACUUGAUUAUAACUCUCAAGCGAACAGCAUCAUAAUCAUAAUAAUUAUAAUUAUUACAUUAAAAAAAAUCCAUCCAUUAGCAGAUCAGAUCUCUUAAUUUUUGCUUUUUUCUUAUACAUAAUGAAAAUAUCCUCUCUUUGUUGCCGACUCUCUCAUCCUUCUUCGCUGCUUUUGGAUCUCGUCAGAACUUGACCAGCAGGUGAUAUAUGGGGCUUUGAAUGAUCUAACAUAAGCACUUAGUAGAGUGGCUGAUUCUUAGUUCAUUUCAUGCCCAAAAUAUUGUUCACAUAAUAGUUUUGCGUGAUAAACUUGAGCAAAAUGAUAUAGUUGUAUAAAUUGAUGGAAAAGGAAGUACUAAUUGGGCAAUUGAUUAGUUGUGCUUAGAUGGGCUUUAACUUAGAAUGAGAAAGGAGAUGGUAGAGAGUAACUUUGAUAAAGAAACAGUCGGAUGCACCGGGACAACUGAUACUCAUAGUAGAAAUCAAGGUUCAGGUCUUCGCAGGGAGCCCUCCUUCUCUCGCUGGGUCGAUGAAGAUGGGAUAAUCCAUUUUGAACACCCUUCCGAGAGUACUGCUCCUAGCAUAGAAGGUUCUGAUUUUGAGUUGCCUAUGCUUAAUCAAAGUGGGUUAGACAACGGAUUUGUAGACGGGAUUAGAUACGGUAAAUUUCCAGAGCAGCGUAUGCACUUAAAUGGUGGAAGUACCAUGGAAGAUUUACAUGGGAAAGAUAGAAAUGGGAAAUAUACACCUUUUGAUGUUGAAAAUGAGUAUGUUGGGGAUGGAAGAUCAUCAAAUAUCAGUGUUGAUGGAGCCAAUUCCACUGGCAGCCCAAAAGCAUCUAGCAACUCUAUUUCUACUGCAGAUGUGUUGAAGACAUUGUUCUUUAUACUUGUAUGGUACACUUUCAGCACAUUUUUGACAUUGUACAACAAAACCUUGUUGGGAGAUGAGUUGGGGAAGUUUCCUGCUCCCUUGUUGAUGAAUACUAUCCACUUCGCAUUUCAAGCUUUAUUAUCAAAUGCAAUAAGGUGGUAUUGGUCUCAUAGAUUUCAGCCUUCGGUUCCAAUGUCAUAUAGGGAUUACUUCUACAGAGUUGUACCUACAGCUCUUUCAACUGCACUGGACGUUAACCUGAGCAAUGUAUCCCUGGUUUUCAUAUCUGUUACUUUUGCAACAAUGUGUAAAUCAGCAGCUCCUAUAUUUCUUCUCCUAUUUGCUUUUGCAUUCAGGUUGGAGUCCCCAAGCUUUAAACUCUUAGGGAUCAUUGUGGUAAUCUCUGUUGGAAUUCUAUUAACAGUUGCAAGGGACACUGAAUUUGAGUUUUGGGGUUUUAUCUUUGUCAUGCUUGCUGCUGUCAUGUCUGGAUUUCGCUGGUGUAUGACUCAAAUACUUUUGCAGAAAGAAGUCUAUGGUUUGAAAAACCCUCUUACCUUCAUGAGCUAUGUGACUCCAGUAAUGGCAGUUGUGACAGCUCUUCUUUCUCUCUUCUUGGAUCCAUGGCACGAAUUCGGACAGAACAAUUAUUUUAAUAGUUCAUGGCAUCUUGCUCGAACUUGCUUGUUGUUGCUUUUUGGUGGAACACUGGCAUUCUUUAUGGUUUUAACAGAGUACAUCCUUGUUUCUGUAACCAGUGCAGUUACAGUGACAAUAGCUGGAGUUGUGAAGGAGGCUGUCACCAUAUUGGUUGCAGUAUUUUAUUUCCAUGAUGAGUUUACCUGGUUAAAAGGAGCUGGGCUUCUCACAAUUAUGUUUGGAGUCGGUUUAUUCAAUUGGUACAAAUACCAAAGGCUGCAGGAGUCAGCACCGACUAAACAUGCUGCGAAGUAUGUCAUCCUUGAGGAGAUGGAGGAUCAAGAUGAUAUCCGUUGAGAGCUUUAAAGGUCAAAUGAUGUCCGUUCGGUGAAACCUACUAGGCCUCUCUAAUAGUGCCUUGAUAAAUAAGUUGAUUCCUAUACAUAUUUCUGGAUUCACCAUUCAAUCCACGGCUUUUAUUCUCACAUCUUACGUUGAUUCAUUUCCUCCAACCGAGUUUGUGAUGUAUUAAUGUUUAAUAGAAAUUCAGUUUGAACAGGAGAUGCCGAGCUCAUCGAUGACGGGACUUAUAGUUUACCUUCAAUAAUGUCGGUGAUACAGUAAGGUUUCCUGCGUUAAUAGAAGUUGUAAACAAUUUCUUGAUGUUUUACAGUUCUGGAAAACAAGUUUGUGUGUAACUUUUAAUCAAUUUUUUCAAUAGGGAUUAUCUUUUUCUUAAGUACUUGAUCCCGCAUGCAUGCAUGCCUGGUCCAAUUGUCAUUUGUCUUGAGCUCGACAUUCUUAAGAUAUUUGAGGAUAGAUAUAUUGCUAUAGUGAGUUGUAAGUUGAAAUCCAAUGUGUUUUCUUUA